AUGACUCCCAUAAACUGUCCAAAUUAUAUUUUAAAUUCUAAAACGGUAAAAGCUGCACUGCUCAAAAAGUACACUGCAGCUGCUGUCAUCAAGGACACAAGUCGUGUGCAAUCUAUCAAUCUAGCCAGGGUCACCAAGGUGCUGGGCUGAACCGGUUCCUAGGGACAGUGCAUGCAAAUAUGUGUGGAAUGCAUGGACAACAGGAGCCACUCCAUCAUCUGCAAAAUGAAAGGCCUUGCACGUGAGAGCAAUAUGUUCACCCUGUUGGAUUCAAAGCAAGAGGCUCAGAGGGUGCGCUGAAUUUGUGUCUGGGUCCUGGAUGUCUGGGUGGACCACAUGACCCCUCGGGAUGGUAUUUGACUAUUAAUAAAGCAUUUAUAUU